GACUUCGCCUCUAUAUAUGAACCGUGCCUGCGGCCUCAAGAAGACAAGAACACAUACCGGGCAGCAGAAGUGCAAGGCUAACUAGCUGUCUAGCAUCCUCUUAUCUGACACCGUGCAGGAAAAAGAGCCAAAGAAGAUGUCGUGGUGGAAGAGCAGGUCACACUUGUCGGACUCCGACGAGGCGUACGGCGAAGCGACGCCCGGCGCCGGCGUGAACCGCUCCACAUCUCCUCCGAAGAAAUCGCGCGGCAAGAAGGCCGCCGACGAGGACUAUCCAGGCUACGGCGACGGCAAUAGAGGCGGCGGCUACAACGGCGGCGGUUACGGCGGGGGCGGCGGCGGGUAUAACAACGGCUUCGGCGGAAGCACCCCAUACAGAAGCGGCAACAGCGUGAGGGGUACUGUUACACCCUACGGCGGCGGCGGCUACAACAGCAACUCUCCAUACGGCAACGGAGGUUAUAACAGCUCUCCCUACGGCAACAGCGGCGGCGGCGGCGGGUAUAACAAUUCUUCCUACGGCCACGGCGGCGAAGGGUACGACGCCGGGCGGACGCCGAUGUACAUAAACACGAGGGAGGUCCACGUGUACGGAGCGCCAACGAACAACGACGGCGAUGACCAGAGGCGGGGCGGCGGCAGCGGCGGGUUCUUUGGUCCGGCUUUACACGCCGUCGGCCAUUUCGUCGACCGCAGGUUCGGCCUCGACAGCAGGAACUGAUCACGCGUAUGCAUAUACGGCUGCGUUGGACAUGCGCGCGUGUUGGCGCGGUCGAUCGAUCGAGUAGUAACUACUACCAGUGACGCGUCUUCGUUUGUUUCAUCGUGUUCGAGAGAUCGAUCAAGUACGUAGUUUCUAUGUGUGACAGUCAGCCAGUGAUGUGUUUCCGUAUGCAGCUAUGUGUGUGGCUUGUACACUGCAUCGUGUACAACAGGAUUUUAAUGCAUAUGUUGUAUAUGUA